GUUUCAACGUUUUAACGUUUACCAUGGGUGUCGACUACUACAAACUUUUGGGUAUUGAUAGAAAUGCCGACGAGAACGAAAUCAAGAAGGCAUACAAGAAGAUGGCCUUGAAAUGGCAUCCGGACCGUAAUGGUGGCUCCGAAGAGGCAUCUAAAAAAUUCAAACAGAUUUCGGAAGCUUUCGAAGUCUUGAGUGACAAGAACAAACGGGCCAUAUACGACCAGUUUGGUGAAGAGGGCCUUAAGGGUGGAGGUUCUGUUCCGGGGCAAGGCUCUGGUCCCGGUGGUUUCUCCUUUGGAUUCCCCGGUGCUCAGUCUUUCUCCUUCACAAGUGGACCUGGUGGUGGCUUCAGCUCCAGUGGUGCCGGCGGUGCUGGUUUUGCGCCAAGUGACCCGAAUAAAAUAUUCGAGCAAAUAUUUGGUGGCAGUCUUGGAGGAUUCAACCUUGGUGGAAUGUCAGGUCGGAGUUCAAUGGGUGGCAUGGGAGGUAUGCCAGGCAUGGGAGGUACCCGGAGACGGACACGGGGUUUCGAUGAGGACGAUGACAUGGAUGGCUCGUUCAGCUUCUCUAACGGCAUGCCAAAUAUGCCUCGGUCGCAAGCACGUUCAUCAGCACCAUCCGCACCUUCAGAAAUAACUCGUCCUCUUCGCGUCUCCCUCAAAGAUCUGUAUUCCGGCACGGUCAAGCAUCUCAAGGUUGGCCGACGACUACUUAACGGCUCGACGGAGGAAAAGGUGUACGACAUCCAGAUACAUCCAGGCUGGAAGAGUGGUACCAAGGUCCGCUUCGCUCGUGCCGGUAAUGAGCAACCAAAUGGCGAAUCGCAGGAUUUGGUCUUCAUCGUCGAGGAGAAGCCUGACGAAAGUUUUUCACGAGAAGACAACGACCUUGUAACCCAGGUGCCUAUUUCGCUGCUGGAGGCCUUGACCGGCGAGGGCGGGAGGAAGGUUGUGGAACUGUUAGAUGGAAGGAAGUUUCAGGUUUCUGUGCCCAGUGGCAUCGUCAAACCAGGGCAAGAGACGACGAUAUCAGGCGAGGGAAUGCCAAUUCGCAAGGAUGGCAGCGUAAAGAGCAAAGGCGAUUUAAUUGUCAAGUGGGAUGUCCAAUUCCCUGACAGACUAACACCAGUGCAGCAGGAGGGAUUGAAGAGGGUCCUCUCGUAGACGGUAUCUAUCACCUUGCACGAACUCUGACGAACACUGUAGUUAUCGUUCCACAUUCUGUACUAUCAAUACAUCAGCGCUGGAUUUCGUUUGUAUAUCUUCGCCCAUGUAAUAAAGUGUGAUCUGUAUAAACAUCAUUCGAUUUUG